AAGCUUUCGCGUGGGCAGACGCACUGGCCAGCCCUGGAGGCGUCCCGCGUGCCCAUCUUCGGUAGCGUCGCGUACGCUGCGGAUGUUAUAUCUGGCGUCGCGGCGCCCUCGAGCCUCAGCCGCUCCUCAGUCGCCCGUCGAUUCACAACUCACCCCCACGAGACACUAAAAAAGCAGCAAAAUGUGCGACGACGAAGUAGCAGCCCUUGUUGUCGACAAUGGAUCCGGUAUGUGCAAGGCCGGUUUCGCCGGAGACGACGCUCCCCGCGCCGUAUUCCCCUCGAUCGUUGGUCGCCCCAGACAUCAGGGUGUGAUGGUCGGUAUGGGUCAGAAAGACAGCUAUGUCGGCGACGAAGCACAGAGCAAGAGAGGUAUUCUCACCUUGAAAUACCCGAUCGAGCACGGCAUCAUCACCAACUGGGAUGAUAUGGAGAAGAUCUGGCAUCACACCUUCUACAACGAAUUGCGUGUUGCCCCUGAGGAACACCCAGUCCUCCUCACCGAAGCUCCCCUGAACCCAAAAGCUAACCGCGAAAAGAUGACCCAGAUCAUGUUCGAAACCUUCAACAGCCCGGCCAUGUACGUCGCCAUCCAGGCCGUGCUCUCCCUGUACGCUUCCGGUCGUACCACCGGUAUCGUCUUGGACUCUGGAGAUGGUGUCUCGCACACCGUACCCAUCUACGAAGGUUACGCCCUUCCUCACGCCAUCCUCCGUCUGGACUUGGCUGGUCGCGAUUUAACCGACUACCUCAUGAAGAUCCUUACCGAAAGAGGUUACAGCUUCACGACCACGGCUGAGCGAGAAAUCGUGCGCGACAUCAAGGAGAAACUUUGCUAUGUCGCCCUGGACUUCGAACAGGAAAUGGCCACCGCUGCUGCCAGCACCUCCCUCGAGAAGAGCUACGAGUUGCCCGAUGGACAAGUGAUCACCAUCGGUAACGAGAGGUUCCGUUGCCCAGAAGCCCUGUUCCAACCUUCCUUCCUGGGUAUGGAAUCCUGCGGUAUCCAUGAAACCGUCUACAACUCCAUCAUGAAGUGCGACGUCGACAUCCGUAAGGACCUGUACGCCAACAACGUACUCUCUGGCGGUACCACCAUGUACCCCGGUAUUGCCGACCGUAUGCAGAAAGAAAUCACUGCCCUGGCCCCAUCGACCAUCAAGAUCAAGAUCAUCGCUCCCCCCGAGAGGAAAUACUCCGUAUGGAUCGGUGGAUCCAUCUUGGCCUCCCUGUCCACCUUCCAACAGAUGUGGAUCUCCAAACAGGAGUACGACGAGUCCGGCCCUGGCAUUGUCCACCGCAAGUGCUUCUAAGCGCAUUGCUGACGAUUCAGCAACGUCGCACGAACGUCGAGGAAACAUCGAUCGACUUCGGGGAAAUCGAGUAUACGAUCCAUCGGUUUCCUGUAAGCAACUCACAUGCUGCGAUAAAGAAA